CUUUCUCAUCGAGAUGGUCGUAAAUCAUUCCCGCUAGUAUUAAUUUACUAUUCACCACCUUCAACAAAACCUGAGACACACAUGCUGUACGCGAGUGCAAAAACGUACUUUCAACAAAAAGCCGACUUAAACAAGGUAUUCGAUAUUAGAGAAAUUGAGGAAUUAACCAACGAAUGGUUGCAGGGAAAACUACUUUAA